AGCUGUUAAUGAAUGCUGCCUAAAGGAAAUAAUCUCUGUUGUUUAUGACUUCACUUCCAUGUCUGUUUUAUUCUAAUAAAUGUUUUUGGGUCUGUUGAUCACGUUAAUUUGAUAUGAACUUUCUCUUAUUGCCAUAUACGCUGUCAUCCGCGUGCUACUUGCUGCGUUCAUGCUCACAUGAGUGACGUAUAUAUCACACUUUCCACCCUCGGCCACAACAGCUUGCCAUUUGUAGCUAAAAAGGUGUUGAUGGUGGGAGCCCGUGAUGCUGCUUCCUGUCUCCAUUGCACAUCAGAAUUUCCCCUCUGCCCGCCCACUUUCAUUUUGUACAGAGCCUGGGCUGUUUCACUUCAGUCUGUCCGAGUCUCUUGAUAGAGUCUGUUCUGCUCCUGAGUCAGUGUAGACUGUUGUUUUUUCCAGCCACCCACACCGUUGGACCCCCGACCGAAUGUUUUAGAGUGCGAUCAGGUAAUCUGACCAAGAGGACUGCAUCUAUUGGUCAUCACAACACAGCAAGCCUAUGAAGGUGCUGAGUGAUCCCGGCGUGUCUGUUGUCAAAUCGUUGACCCAAAGCAGCAUGGACGUAAUCAGCAUGCCAGCCAAAGAUGUUCCAGGGAAUACGGUACUCUUCCUUAGUCAGCAGACUAAAGCCAAUCUGUCCGGCAUCUCCCACACUGCAGGAAACAUCAACCAAAGGCGCUGGAAGAGCUUCUUCCGUCAAGUACAGAAAAAGAACAUGGAACAUCCCAAAAACACACUGUUCGGGCGACCCUUGUCUGAAGUCUGUCAAAAAGAUGGGUGUCCUCCCAAAGCAAUUAUGGAUGUCUUUUCAUUGCUGCUGAGAAAGGGUCUGUGCACUGAGGGGUUGUUCAGGAGGGCCGGGAAUGCCAGGGCUCUCAGAGAGAUCAAGGCGCAGCUCAACGAUGGGAUAGAAGUGGAUCUGAAAGAGCAGUCAGUCAUUUUGCUUGCUGAUCUUGUCAAGGAUUUUCUUAGACAACUGCCUGGCUGUUUGCUAAUGGUGGAGAAGUACAAAUCCUGGAUGACUGCAAUGGAAAAGGAAGGUCAAGAGCAGAAGUGUGCUGACCUUAAAAUGGUGAUCAACACACUUCCUGAGCCGAAUAUUCAGCUCUUGAAGCACUUUAUGGUUCUGCUCUACCAAAUAAGUGAGAAUGCAGACACAAACAAGAUGAGUUCCACCAAUCUGGCUACAUGUGUUUCCCCCAACUUGCUCCAAACAGACAACAUGGAAAAGAUGGAAGAGGUGACGAAACUGACUGAGUUUCUCAUUGACAACUGCCCUCAAAUAUUUGGUGAGGAUGCACUGACACUCUUUGGGGACUCUGAUGAAGAUGAACUCAGCGAUAAUCAAGACUCUUUUUCUUCGCACCGUCAUGACUCUGCAUACGACAGUAAUGACCCUGAUGAUGACAGUGACUCUAUCAAAUCCGGCACUGAAGAGAAAUCGCAGGAACAUUCCAGCGCAGAGGAGCUUUGGACCAAAAAACUGACUCGCAGACGUUCAGAACCAGUAAUCAACCUCCGAAAGGGAGUUCAGCAGCACCUUGCCCUCUCCAGGAGCCAGACGGAAAUGGACUUUUAUGACAAACUCUUAACAAAGCAGAUCUCUGAUGACUGUAUUGUGGUUAGAGCAAGCAACAGCUUGGGGAAGAGCUAUGGGGCCAGGACAUCCUCUAAAGACUGCUCGUAUUGCUCUUCAGGUUCUCUUGAGAGUUGUUUCUCCAGCGCUUCGGAGAGCUCUAUCCAUAACAGUCCUCUUUUUGCACCUUUAUGCACUCAGAGAAAAGCCCUUCAACGCAAACAUUCCUUCCCCACCCGCCAAUCGGCACCUGCACCCAAUCGCUCAGAGACCCCCAAAAGACGCUCGCAAUCCAUGAAGAGUGCACACAUCAGAAGCAGGACUGUCUUCGGUCGAAGUGGCUCCACCAAACGGGCCAUUGAUAGAGCCCUACGCCACAGCCAGACCCUACCUGAGGUACUGAAUCCUCAACCGGAGCCGAGACGCUUGUCUAGCAAGGAGGUUUUUCAGCAGGUGGACAGCAGGAUACCAAGCGAUCCUCCAAGUUAUCAGCAAGCCGUUCAGCACAAUUCCCACAUCGCUCUCUCGAGCCGUAGAUCAUUGACUGUACAGGAUGCCAGAUGUCUGUCAAAGCAAACGUGCAGCCAUUCAAGAUCUUCAAGUGAAGAGACAUUGGAAUUGUCUUCUGGGAAUGAACAUUUCGAUAUCCACAACAGAGACAAGAAAACGACACGUUGUGAUAGUACGAGUGGAUUGAGACGGAGGACCACAUCUGAACCUGGGUAUGAAGCAUCAAUGCCAGUUUGGUGCAAUCAGGAAGACCUCAGAGAGACAUAUGUCUGAUGUACUCUUCAUUUUUAUUAUUGUUGCUACUUUUUGGUGGAGGGAAAAUGUCUUUUGCAUAUGACCUCAUAAUGAGGCGUUAACAUUUCAGGGCUUCAAGUACAAUUCAGUUUUGCUGAAUAUGUUGAAUUUUAUUCUUUAUUUUUGUCCAGUCUUUUGUGACAAUGUGUUUAUGCCCUCUGUGCUUUGAUUCUAUAGCACCCCAAAACCAAAAAUGCAACUGAAAGGCACUUUAAGGAAAUUUCACUACACAGAUUUUAAGUUUUUGUGCAAUGUUUGCAGAACUAAUGUACAUGCUUAAAAACAAUGUAAAUCAUAUGUAUGUCUUCUCAUGAAAUAAAGACAACAUAAAGCUAAA